GAUAAACUCGUCAUAUGCGAGUAACACUCCCAAAGACGCUCACAGAGUCAGGUGCCGAUGCCGGUGGCCAACUCAUACGCAAAUUGAAUUCCUUUAGAACCUCUCAUAAGUCAUACGCAAAGCUAGAAUUGCAGAAGUUCGUUCCAGUAAUGAAUGACCUCAUCCCCGGGCCCAGGGCGGCCGCCCCUCCUGCCCUGGCUCAGGGACGGGCCUGCAGGGCACUCUUAGUUCAAUUACACCCUCUUCAUAGCGCUACCUGUUUCCAGUUGUGGCCAUUUCUUCAUACUCCAAUGGAAUAUUCCCAUCACCAAUUGAUUAUGAGGAAAUUUUGUUGCCUUACCACACCCCACAAGUGCUCAUAUAUGCCACUGGGAGUCUCGAGUUCAAUCAGCCGGCUACAUCCCCUCAAAGCAGUUUUUGCUGAGGCAUGUCAGUCCUCUGGUGUGCAUUUUGAAUCGGGUAGUCAUCCAAGCUCACAUUGCAACGAGGCUAGGGGUGAAGUUGGAGGAGUCUCUUGCCAUGAUUCCGAACCCGUAGUGGCAUGUAGCAUGGAAGAACUCAAAGAAAUUCAAAGGAGGCAGAGAAUAGGUUUAGCAAACAAAGGCAAAGUUCCCUGGAACAAAGGCAGGAAGCAUAGUGCUGAGACUUGUGCACGGAUUAAAGAGAGAACUCUUGAAGCCUUGAGAGACCCCAAGGUGAGAAAGAAGAUGUCAGAAUCUCCACGAAUGCACAGUGAACAGUCUAAGAGGAAAAUUGGUUCUUCCCUAAAAAAACUAUGGGCAGAGCGGUUGAAACGAAAACGCUCAAAAGAAACUUUCUAUUCCUCAUGGGCUGAAAGCAUUGCAGAGGCUGCUAGAAUGGGAGGGAUUGAUGAAGAACAAUUCGACUGGGAUAGUUAUGACCGCAUGAAAGUUGAGAUAGCUUUCCAACGACUUCAAUGGGACGAGGAAAAGGCCAAGAAAAAGGAAAUGAAUAAGAUUCAAGCAGAAAGGAAGGUACGGAAAAGAGUACAGAACAUGGCACAGGUUGCACAAAAGAAAGUGGAGCAUAAACAGAAUGCUAAACAAAGGGCCAAAAAGAGAGAGAUAAUGAGUUGCAAAACAAGAAAGAAGAAGGAAGGACUAGCUGCUUCAAGAGAAUUGAAUAUCACUGACAAAUUGGCAAAGAUUCUUGAAAAGAAAUCAAUAGAUGGACCCUCGAGUGCUGGGGCAAUGAUUUAUCUUCAAUCGGCACUGGAAAAAUUUGACAUUGAAUCUAUAAAAGCAGAACAGAAGCGUAAUACAGUUUCGCUGGCAGACCAAAUUCAGGCUGCUAAGAGCAGAAGAAUGCAGAUUGUCAGUAGCGGGUCUACAAUGAGUCCACGAGUGUAAGCCUGUGGCGUUCAGUUGAAGCUAAUCAGCAUAACUCGUGCUCAGAAAGUUUUGCCAGUGCCUUCUGUCUUCCGCUUCCAAAUGUGUUGCUGCAUGCCUUAAUUUAGCGUGUUUCAGACAUGAAGAAUUUGCCAGAAAAUUGUUAACAGACGGAGCUGCGAGUUUAAUGAGGUUGCCAUUCACAUAAUGAAUGCGACGAGUAAUUUAGAGCAUGUUAUAUUAUAGAUAGGGGCAUAGGGCUACUACUAUUUUACAUGUAGUCAGCCAUGGGAUAUGGAACUAAAUUCUUAAUAUUUUUUUAGUACAGAAUUAUUAAAAAAAGAGAAAUAUUUCAGGGUCUUGUAUAAGUGUUCAUGUGAUAUUGUGAUGCUUAUUUCGCCUGAGAAAAUCUAUAGAAGUAAAGCAAAGCCUGAAAGGUGUCAUUUUUAAUAAUGAAAUAUGCA